ACACACACAAACGAACUCAACACGUGCCUAGCUGUCCGUCUGACUGGUUGUGGACGUGAAAAAAGGAGACGAGGUUUCACUAUUCAAACACUGCUGCUGGAGCUCUCUGGAUCUGAAAGUUUAUAUCAUGGAUGCUGCAGAAUUUCGACGCAGAGGCAAGGAGAUGGUUGACUAUGUGGCCGACUACUUGGAAAACAUAGAACAGCGACCAGUGUACCCGGAUCUGGAACCAGGAUAUCUCCGUUCUUUAAUCCCCACUGAGGCCCCACUUGAGCCUGAGAGUUAUGAGGAAAUAAUGCACGACGUGGAGAGGGUCAUAAUGCCAGGGCUCACCCACUGGCACAGCCCAAACUUCUUUGCAUACUUUCCAGCAGCUUCAUCCUACCCCGCUAUGCUGGCUGAUAUGCUGUGUGGGGCCAUUGGUUGCAUUGGAUUUUCCUGGGCUGCUAGUCCAGCCUGCACAGAGCUGGAGACAGUGAUGCUAGAUUGGCUUGGGAAGAUGCUGAACCUACCUGAGAGUUUUAUUGCGGGGACACACGGCCAUGGAGGUGGGGUUAUUCAGGGUACAGCCAGUGAAGCGACCCUGAUAUCCUUGCUUGCUGCACGAUGUAAAGCAAUCAGACGGCUCCUGGCAACAGACCCUAAAACAUCUGAGUCUGAAAUCCUCUCUAAACUGGUGGCAUACACCUCUGACCAGGCUCAUUCAUCCGUGGAGCGGGCUGCCCUGAUUGGAGCAGUAGUGAUGAGGAAGGUUCCUACUGAUGAACACUACUCUGUUAGAGAAGAAAUGCUGAGGAAGAUGGUGGAGGAAGACAAAGCAGCUGGACUUAUCCCUUUUUAUUUUUGUGCGACUCUUGGCACCACACCAUCAUGUGCUUUUGAUCGUAUUAUGGAACUGGGACCCCUUUGUAAUGAGGAAAACAUGUGGAUGCACAUUGAUGCAGCUUAUGCUGGGAGUGCCUUUAUCUGUCCUGAAUUUAGACCUUUAUUGAACGGCAUUGAGUAUGCAGACUCUUUCAACUUCAAUCCACACAAAUGGCUUUUAGUCAACUUUGACUGCUCUGCAAUGUGGGUGAAGAAGAGAACAGACAUCAUUGGAGCUUUUAAAAUGGAACCCCUCUACCUGAAGCAUGAAAACCAGGAAUCAGGGCUGGUCACAGAUUACAGACAUUGGCAGAUUCCACUGGGAAGAAGAUUUCGCUCUCUAAAGAUGUGGUUUGUGUUUCGUAUGUACGGGGUGAAAGGCCUGCAGGCUCAUAUACGAAAGCAAGUGGCCCUGGCCAAAGAGUUUGAGAGUCUGGUAAAAGCAGACAAGAGGUUUGAGAUCUGUGCUGACGUUGUUCUGGGACUGGUCUGCUUCAGGCUGAAGGGCUCCAAUGAGCUGAACCAGAACUUACUAAAAAGGAUCACAAAGAGCAGAGAGCUUCACCUAGUGCCCUGCCAGCUCUCUGGCCGCUUCGUUCUUCGCUUCGCCAUCUGUGCACGCACCACUGAGUCACGCCACAUCCAGCAAGCGUGGUGCCACAUCACACAGCUAUCCUUUGAGCUUCUGCAGGAGCAGCCACAUUGACCAUAAGUCUAGGAAGCCCCAUUCCACUCUGAUGCUGAAGUGAAAACCAAAAUUUAGACAAGAGAUUUGAGAAAUUUGCAGAUAUAAAAUGUCCCUUUACUAUUAUGUGGAGUUUUCUUAGCUGUCAGUAAAGUUACUGUCUGCAGCCAGCAGCUAAGUUGGUAAUUAUUUUGCAUAUGUUUGAUGGUCCCAAAGAUACAUAUGAAAGCAUAUCUUAUUGCACGUUGUGCAAAACAUUCUAAACAAAGAAAAAAAGGGAGAAGAGUCUUAGAUAUUACAUUUUGUAUCUGCAAUUUCUUCAGUGAUUGUCCAAGCUUCUAUCUGUCACUGUUUGACGAUAUUGUAACUGUCCUCAGCAUUGUGCACUUACUUCCCUGCUGGCUUUUUUGUGCCCAUUCUGUGUCUUCUGGUUGAUUUAGGGCUGAUUGAACUGUAGCUUAAUUUUGUAGUGAAUGCAUUGCAUGUUGGGUAAAUAAAUCGUCCAGUGAGCAUAUGUUUGCAAUUUCUGUAGGUGCUCAUCUAGAACUCAGCAACUCAGUGUACUUUACUGAAUAUGUUAGUAUAGAGAUAUAGUGUCAGAUUUCCAGUAUUUCUAAUUUGGAUAAAUCAUUCCAUAAGUGCAAUCAAGAUCGAAUUCAUAAAAAUACUGUUGUUUUACUUAUAGUGGCACAGAUGAGGUAAUUAUUUUUAAAAAUUUUUUACUGUAAUUUUUUUCUUAAAAUGUGUCUUAUGCACAGUGGCUAUUUAGCACUUUGUACCAUAUGAUAGUUAUUAUAUUCUUUUAAAUAAGAAAAGAAAGAAUAAAUCCUAACCUAUAAAUACAAAACACUUAUUAUAGUUUUCUUUUAUUUUAUUAAAAAUUAUAAUGAUGGAUUAUUUUUGUACUCAUUCAGAAAUAAGAGAGCGAGUGAGCUUAAUUAUAAGAACACAAUUUUACUCCCUGACUGCAUGCCUAUGAUGUGAAUUUGGUGCUUAAAGGGAUAGGCCUGCUUGAAGCACUGUGAAGUUAUUAUCAGCAACAGAUUUCUUACUUGGAGUAGAGAAAAGACAUUGCAGUGAGAUUGUAGAAAAGUUAUGACAUUCUUAGAGUGGUGGAAGAUCAAUGGGUAGUUAUUAAACCAAUGUUUUAGUUGAUUUUUGUCAAAUGUUCAUUUGCAUGGGAUACAGUGCUAUAUUAACAGAUAUUAAAUGUCUGCACUUCCACAAGAGACAGUCAUUAAGUUUGUUGCUUUUCUCUCAGCCAAGCAACUUCCAUGUUACAAUGUGAAGGUUAUGCUGGCGGAGGCAGCCAGUUGUUCAGUCCUCCUGUUUAGUUAAUCAUAAAUACACUUGAGCGUUUUUGAUGCCGUUGAUACCAGACUGACUUGUCACAGCUGAAGGUUUGAAUUUAUACAGCGGAUCGCGUCAACCAUUGUAACUUUAGCAUAGUAACGCCAAAGUUGUUUCGUUGAGAAAUCGGCCACAAACGUAACAGUGCUGUCUCUGAAAAUGUUGACUGUUAAUAUCUGCUAAUAUAGCACAUAGUAAUGAUAACUAAUAUAACAAACAUUUUCAGUUUGAGUUGUAAAAUGAGCUCAAAUCAGACAAAAUUAGUGUCAGUCUUACUGGCUUGACCUUUUUAAUCCAUGUCAUUUUUUUUCUAGCCCUACGACCUAAAAUUUAUCUAGAGGCACAAAACCAUCUAGAUCUUUAGUAAAAAGGAAAUUGCUUUAGAAAUAUUUACAAAUAAAAUUUUACUUUAUGGGGAAAUUACAGAAACAGAAUCUUUUUUUUUAUACAAAAAUAGAUCGAACAAACAAAUGUGUCAAACUUUUACAAGACACUUUCUUGAGUACAAAGGGAAAAUUUGAGUCCUUCCAAGAUUUAUGGAAAACAGGUGACACUUAAAUGUUAAGUACAUAAUCUGCAACACAUAAUUUCCAAAGGGUGGGAGAGAAGAAUCAACAUAUUCUUGGUACCCCUUGUGUAGUUCUGUUGUGAUUGUUUUCUGGAGAGACUGGAUUAAAACAGGUAAAAGAACUCUAAGAAAUUCCUUAUAUUAAUUCACUUCAAUUCAGUUUAUUUAUAUAGCACCAAUUCACAACACAUGUCGUCUCAAGGCAAUUUAUAAAGUCAAUUCAAUCAAAUCAUACAGAUUGUAAGUCAAGUACAUACAUUUCAAUUGAUUCUAGUUGUCAAUGCAAUCAAAUUCAGUUUAUUAUUCAAAUUCAAUUUUUCCAUCAUUUCCAAUUUUAACAGUUUUUCCAAAAUGAUCAAAAGCCAUUGUGAAAGAACCAAAGGCCCUUAACCCGCAAGCUGCUGUCCACUGGAGAUGCUGUUAGCCAUCCGCUGCUCGGAGGAUCUCUUAAUGUUUCUAGAACCUCACUGUGAGGUAAAUAAAUCCAUACUCUCCAUUUAAAUUACCAGCCAUGUCUAUCAUUAACUUCAAUGGUACUUGCUCGUAGGAGCCUUUAUAUUUUCUACAGUCUCUCACUGUAGAACGUACGGUAUGUUGAAAUUUCAGGCUCAAGAACUUCCCUGAACUAUUACAAUGAACAAAUGUGAUUAAAGCAUUACUGUCUUUUAUCUGUCUGUGUAGAGAAAAAUAAAGUUGUGGCAUGUCAUCAGCA